AUGUCGAGUAAAGUGGAAGUUCAAACUGCUGCAAGGGCAUCUCCUUCAAUUACACCACCAGAAUUAGCUAAAAUACCAGAGAAGACUACUACUAAUACUACAACGGCUUCCUCAGAAAAACCAACUUCAUUGAAACGUAAAAACUCAUCUUCUACUUCACCUCCAAGAUCAACUGCAUCUGCAUCUACGUCUGCGUCUGCUCCUGCUUCUACAUCAACUACAUCUCCUCCAAAACGUCAUAGACCAUUAUCUUUAAAUCUAAGAGCAAAUGAUAAUGCUGAUCUUGCUUUAAGAAUCGUUAGUCCUGGAUUACCACCUUCAAUCAAUGAAGCUAUGAAGUCAACCAUUCAACUCCUGAAACAAAUCCAACAACAACAAAAGAAUUUAAUUGCUGCUAGACAUAGUAAAGAUCUGGAUGAUAUUGAUGAACAAUCAAGUUCCACAACAAACAAUACUAAUCAAGAAGCUUCGACAACAAGUACUACAUCUACAUCCACUACAACAACCACAGUGAUACAACCAUCUCAACCUCAAUUGCCACCACCGAAUUUAAGAUUACCACCUAAAUCACCAGUUUAUGCCUCGGAUGAUUCUGAUCUUAAUAGAUUAUCAGGGGUAAAGAAAUUGAAAAGACUGAAUGUUCCACCACCGUUGAGUAUUGGUGAAGGUGUUCCGUCAAGUACAAAUGUGGGCAAUUUACGUCCUUCUAUUCAUUCUGCUCCAAUUAGAAAUAGACCAAGACCAAGAAUGAUACCUGGAGCCGCAAGAAUUGUCCCACAAGUACAACAACAAUCCCAACCUAAUCUUAUUCCAAUUCAACAACCACAAUAUUAUUAUGUUGCCACACCAAUUCAACAAUAUUAUUCACCUUCAUUACAACAUCACCCAGUUCAACAAUUACAACCAGUGCCAGUACCAUUACCAAGAAGUCAAUUAAGACAAGUUAACCCAAGAGUUAGAAUGAUUCCACUAACAGCAACCGCUACUCAUUUUGGAAGAAGAGCUACUUUACAAGGAACCCAAAUACAACAUCAACAACCACAACCACAACCACAACAACCUCAAGUGAUAGUUCAACCACCAAUGCAUCAUCAACAGCAACAACUACCACAAGCACAAGGACAACCCCAGCCACAACCACAACAAGUGAAUAAACCAAAAGCAAAUGCAGUGACUGAUGUGUUUCGUGGAGAUUUACAUAAAGCUGCACCUUUUAAUAGUCAGCCAUUAUCUGCACAACGAGAAUUUUUCGGCAGUUCAGUACAUGAUGAAGCACCAACUACUCAAGUUCUUACAAUUAAUGAAACUGAAGACGAAGAAAAUACUGAUGUAUCAGGAAGUAUAACCAUUAAUGGAUCCAAUGUAUUUAAUUUUAAAAUAUUCAACAAGAAUAAAUCCAAAAGUAAUGAUGAAGACAAUGAAAAUGAAGAGGGUGAUGAAAGUUCUGAAGAAUAUAAUAAAAAGAAGUUUUUAAAAAUUUGUGAAACUUGUUGGAAUCAAGUAUUCAAAAAGGAUGAUUAA